AUUGCUAUCUAGCGGUGAACAGCAACACUACGAUUUUGACAUUUCUAUACCAUUCCAUCACGUUUUAUUCGUGAUUUGUUUUGAUACGUUCAUUCAUUGCAUACCGCCUUGAGAUUGAUACCGACAUUAAUCGAAAAUGACUAGUAUUUUCCAAAAAACCAUCUUACAGUCUCGUUUGCCUCUAGUGAGCUUUAAACGAUUUAGAGGGAAGAUCAAUAUCCAACGUCCUCGUCCUCCGCAUUAUGAACGAGCUCGUGUGUUGGAAUUAGUGAAACCCAUUUAUAAGAAACCCGUAUUAAAUGCACCAUGUACAGAUGAAAAUUUGAAAAGCAGCCGAACGGUGGAAAAUCCCUACGAGAAAAUAAUUGCACGCGAUGUUCGCAACUGGUUAGACCAUAGCAAAAUGGUUGCGUUCGUGCAUAUGAACUCAAUCAAGCAGGAGGAAUUAUUCAAAAUCCAAGUAGCAUUACAUCGUUUCCAGAUGACUUUCAAAACUUACGGCAAAUCUAUCAUAAGGAAAGCGAUUGACGGAACCAAGUAUGAAGCUAUCCAGCCUCUGUUCGAAACAAAAACCGCAUUGAUUUUUUGUCCAGAAGACACGAAAGUCCGGCUGCUGUUGAAUGUUCUUAAGAAAACGCCUCAGUUAAUUCUUUUGGCUGGUAUCGUAAAGGGAAAAUUCAUGAGUAAAACUGAAUUUGUAGAGUAUGCAUCGUUGCCGGAUUUAACCACUAUGCAGGCUCAGCUGGCUGCUGUUCUGGAUAGUGCUGGAGCUAGAGUCGUAAGUGAUUUGGAGUGUCACCAAAACCAUCUGGUUAACAUUCUCGAGUCUCAUGUUCGACGGGAAAGCGUAGAACCGGAAGGACCAGAAAUAAAAGAUAGUGAAAUAUAAUUUAAUUUUGCAAAAAGAAAUAUAUAGAUUAGUUUAAAUAA